AUGUCACUACCAUCAACUUCAUCUAAAGAACUUUGUGUCGCUUGUCUAACUCAACCAUACGAUUUAACUUGUACAUGUGGAGAUAAAUUUGAUUUUACAUGUAUUCAUUUACAUGUUGCACAAAUUCGUCUGGAAUUUGAAUAUACUCAUGGUGAAACUGGAGAACGAUUACUUCAAGUUGAACACAUAGUAGAAAGUACAGAUUGCAAUAGUGCGAAAACAAUUAUCGAAAAUUGGAGACAAAAACGUAUUCAAGAAAUAAAUGAAAUAGCUGUUGCUGGUUUAAACGAAAUUCAACACCGAGAAAAUGCUUAUUUAGAUGUUCCAUCAUUUCGAACUCAAUUUGAUGCAUUAGGUGAACAAUCAAAUCGUGUUGUUCAUGAACAAUUGGAUUCAAUUCAUUCACUACAACGACGUAUUGUAGAAAAAUUUGAUCAAUUAAAAACUUUACCUGAAUUACAUCAGGAUGAUACAAGUUUAGAUACAGAACUUCAAUCAAAGUUAAAUCCAAAUUUAUUAAAUCCAAAUUCUACAACACAUGUAACGGAAUCUAUUAUUUCUGCAUCUGUUAUGCCUUUAAAUACCACUACAUCAACAACUACUGAACAACCUAUUGUUACUCAAACGACAUAUAUCGAACAACCAAGAAGAUUAGUAAAUAAUGAUCAUAUGCCUAAUUCAACAAUGGACGCUCAAGAACGUGAUGAUUUUGAUGCUGGUCAAACAGUUAAUAUUGCUCGUCAAAGUUUACUAACAAUACCUAUAACUCAUGAUAAUUAUAUGGGUACAAUAUGUUGUUAUAACAAUCAAUUGCUUUAUAAUGAUUAUAAUCAUCAUACUCGAACUUCUCAUUUAAUAUUAAUACCUAAUCUAAAACAACCAACAACACGAGAAACGAUUGAUUGGAGUGAUCCAGAUAGAAUGUUGGGUGAUGGUGAUGAUCAAUGGAUACAAGAUAUAGCAUAUUCAACUAAACUUCAAGGUUAUUUAGUACUUAAUCGUUCACGUUUACGUAUUCUUUAUGAUAAUGGAAAUCAACUUCAAGAAUUUCAUGAAUUUCCUAAUCGUAGUAUGAAACGUGUUACAUGUGAUAAUACAUAUAUUUAUUUAAUAUCAGCAGCUGAUACUAAGAGUCAUAAUAGUGAUGAAAUUAUUAUAAUGAAUUAUGAUAAAGAAGAAAAAGUACGUAAAACACUUCGUGAUAUAGUAUUAACUGGAAGAAAUGAUAUGGCUCUAACAUACGUUGGAGAAAUAAGUGAUUUAGCUAUAAGUCCAAAUGGACAAAUAAUGUUAGCUUAUCGUGUAAAAUUACGUCGACAAGUUCGAGUUUGUGUAUUUAUUGUUUCAGAUGAUAGAAAUAAUUGGACACUAGUUAAACAAUUAUUACUUAAUGAAUGUUGGAAUGAUGAUGUAUCAUAUACACCAAGAGUGGAAUGGUGUGAAAAAUUACAUGUUUUUUUUCUUGUUGAAUAUAUAACAAGUCAUUUAAUAAUGCUUGAUGAAACUGGUCAAGUUAAAGGUGAAUGUCGUUUUGUAAAUGUUCAAAAUCGACGAGAAUCUCCAUUAAAUCUAACAAUUUCAACAAAUGAUACACUUUGUGUACGAUAUGAAUCAUCGAUUAAUGUUCAUCAAUUAAUUAAUGAUAGAUUAUGA